GUAUUGCGCAUGCGCAUUUCGUGUCUAGACUCGAGUCGGGCACAGCGUGAGAGCAUUUGCCUGGUGAGUAAAGACUGCCCUGAACCUGAAUGAGCCAUGGCCCAGUUCGGGGGACAGAAAAAUCCGCCGUGGGCGACUCAGUUUGCUGCCACAGCGGUGUCUCAACCAGGCCACUCAGGACAGUCCCUUGACCUCAACAGUCUGCACUCUCUUGGGGUGCAGCAACCGUCUCUUUUGGGAGCAUCUCCCUCUGUUUACUCUCAACAGUCAGCUUUGGCUGCAGCGUCCCUCAGCAACCAAUCUGCAGCCAAUUAUCAGCUGUCUCAGCAAACCGCUGCGUUGCAGCAGCAAGCUGCAGCGGCUGCUGCAGCAGCAGCACUACAGCAGUCUCAGAUCAAUACAGCGCUCCAGCAGUAUCAGCAACAACAACAACAGCAGCAGCAACAACCUCCCCAGCAACCCCCUCAACAGCAACUGUACAAUGUACCUCAUCAGCUUCCUCAGCCUCAGCAGGCUCUGAUCUCUCAGCCCCCCGUUGCGUUGCCCACCAGCCUGGGCUUGUCCAACCCCCAGCAGACAGCCCAGAUUACUGUGUCAUAUCCAACACCUCGUUCAAGCCACCAACAGCAGCCACAGAAGCAACGAGUCUUCACUGGUGUGGUCAAUAAACUGCAUGAUACGUUCGGCUUUGUAGAUGAAGAUGUCUUCUUUCAGCUCAGUGCUGUGAAAGGGAAGACUCCCCAGGUCGGUGACCGAGUCCUGGUGGAAGCUGUGUACAACCCAAAUAUGCCCUUCAAGUGGAACGCCCAGCGCAUCCAGACCUUACCUCAGCUUGCAAAUCAGUCGCAUCAGCAGCAGCCCCCGCCUUUACCUCAAGCAACCCCACAGCUCAGCAGCCUGUACAAUGAGCCAGGGAUGCAGCUGCGCUACACAGACAUGCACUCCACUGGAGACAACAGACAAAAUAGCCAGCCCCAGGCUCCUAACAUGAUAAAGCCAACCCCUGCCAUGCUGCAGUCGCUACCUCCCCCAACCACCUUGAGUUUUCCACCCCAGGCUCCCCCACCCUCUCUCCUGCAGGCUCAGCUUUCUGCCACCUCUCUGACCCCCCUCCUCCAAAACCCUCCUCAGCCUCUGCUUCCACAACCUCCACCCAAAGAUGUUUUUCCUGGUGGCCUGCUUCAGGUCCCGGUGAGAAUGAUGCCACAGCCGCUGCCUGUUCGACGACUCGAGCCUCCACUUCGUUUCCCCACUCGGAAUGAUCGCGCCCCUGAGCUUCUCCUCAGGGUUAAAGACGACCGCAGCAGAGACAGAGAGCGUGAACGAAGGCGAUCGAGGGAGCGCUCGCCCACACGCAAACGCUCAAGAUCACCACGACGUGACCGCUCCCCGAGACGGCCUCGCAGGACGACGCCCCGCUACACUAUACAGUUUUCCAAGUUCAGCUUAGAUGGCCCAAGUUGUGACCUGAUAGAGCUGAGAAGGCGUUAUCCGUGUCUCUACAUUCCAAGUGACUUUUUUAACGCAGCCUUUACCUGGGUGGAUGCCUUCCCUCUCACAAGGCCCUUCCCGUUUAGUAGUACCUGUAACUUCCACAUUUUGCAUAAAGAAGUGGGUCCUCUUGUCAAAAAUACUGCUGUGCUGGAGCCUCCUGAUGUUAAUCAUAAUUACAGCGCUAAGGUGAUGCUGCUAGCUAACCCCAGUUUAGAGGAGCUCUAUCAUAGAUCCUGUGCUCUGGCUGAAGACCCCCAAGAAGUCAGGGAUUCUUUCCAGCACCCUGCAAGACUCAUUAAGUUUUUGGUGGGCAUGAGGGGAAAAGACGAGGCCAUGGCCAUUGGAGGUCACUGGUCUCCCUCUCUGGAUGGAGAAGACCCAGAGAAGGAUCCGUCGGUCCUUAUUAAGACAGCCAUACGCUGUUGCAAGGCACUCACAGGCAUUGACCUUAGUCUGUGCACACAGUGGUAUCGUUUUGCAGAGAUUCGCUAUCAUCGGCCAGAGGAGACACACAAGGGGCGGACAGUCCCUGCUCAUGUGGAGACAGUGGUUUUGUUUCUUCCGGAUGUUUGGCAUUGUCUUCCUACCCGCUCAGAGUGGGAGGUGCUGUCACGGCGACUCCAGGAGCAGCUGGCUGAGAAGCUGUCGGCCGAGCGAAAGGAGGCGGAUGGAGAACAGGAGGAAGAUAAAGAUGAAGUUGUGUCAAAGGAUGUUAGUACUCCCACACACUGGACUAAACUUGAUCCGAAAUCAAUGAAGGUAAAUGAACUGCGUAGAGAACUCGACUGCCGCUCUCUGAGCUCAAAAGGCUUAAAAUCGCAGCUUAUUGCUCGCCUCACCAAGCAACUGAAGGUGGAGGAGCAGGUGGUGGAGGAGCCCAAGGAGCCAGAAAUACCAGAGAGCAAAGUUGUAGAGGAAGAAGAGCCAGUUCGCACUGAAGAUGACCGAGAGGAGGAGGAAAGAAAGAAGAUGGAGGAAAUCGAGCGUCAGAGGAGAGAAAGACAUUUCAUCCUCCCCGAUGAGUCCACCAUCCUCGUGCACCCCAACUGGGCCGCCAAGAACGGUAAAUUUGACUGCAGCAUCAUGUCUCUGAGCGUGCUGCUGGACUACAGACUAGAAGACAACAAGGAGCACUCGUUUGAGAUCUCCUUGUUUGCUGAACUGUUCAACGAGAUGCUCCAGAGAGACUUCGGCUAUCGAAUAUAUAAAGCCCUCGCUGCUCUUCCUGCGAAGGAUGAGAAGAAGGACAAGAAGGUGAAAAAAGAUGGAGAAAAGAAAGAAUCUGAAAAGCGUGAAAUAAAAGAUAAAGAAGAAGAGGGCGAAGAGCCAGCAGCAAAAAAGACCGAAGAUGAGAAGAGGAAGGAGGAGCCUAGAGAUGACGAGGAAAAUGAAGAUGAGGGCAGCACAACUAAUGCUGAGGAAUAUGACCCCAUGGAGGCUGAAGACGCAGAGGAUGAUGAAGAUGAUGACGACGACGACUCCAACGACCGAGACAGAAAAGACCGCAGAGAUGAGCGCAGGUCGUCGAAAGAAAGAUCCUCCAAAGACAAGGAGAAAAAGCAGAUGGUGACGCACGACAAGGACUUGCUCAUGGCGUUUGUCUACUUUGACCAGUGCCACUGUGGAUAUUUGCAGGAGAGGGACCUGGAGAUCCUCGUGUACACACUGGGUCUGCAGCUUUCCCGUUCACAGGUCAAGAUGCUUUUGAACAAACCUCUUGUCAAAGAGACUUGUUACUACAGAAAGCUGACAGACAGGGGGAAGGACGAACCUGUUCCCUCCUUUAGUGAAGCCCAGAUAGAAAACCCUUUAGGUAACCAAGAGCUGUUUCCUGCUCUGAAAGCUUGUGCUCAGCCAGAGACCAGUGAGUCCAGUAACCUGAUCGUCUACAACGGAGCUAUGGUUGAUGUCGGCAGCAUGAUGCAGAAACUGGAGAGGAGUGAGAGAGCGAGAGAGGAGAUCGAGCAGAGGCUUAUUGCACAGGAUGCACAAAGGGAGGAAAGCGAAAAGGUCAAAGCUGAGUUGGAGCAAGUGAACAAAGCUCUGUCCACGGAGCUAGAGGAGGUGAAAACCACCCUCAGCCAAACUGAAGAGACCCUCAGCACCACGACGGAGCAGAAGAACAUCUACUACGAGCUGAUGAGCAAGUCGGCCAGCUCCCUGAUGUCCACCGUCAAAGGCUUGAUGGAAGUGCUGACCGAGGAAGUGGAUAAAUCUGAUGAGGUCGAUGGCGAUGAAAUCGAAACGUCUCAGGCGAACGGCGCUGACGACUAACUCCUCAAAGAAAUGAAGCUAAUCUGUAAUCCUGAUCUUAAACUGUAAAUAUUUACUGAACGUGUCAUAGGAUGGGUUCAUCUGAGCCGACCGUCUCAUCUAUGUAUAUAAUUCAUAAAUUUAGUUCUACGUGAAGUUGAUUAUUUUUUUCUUUUCUUACUGACAGUGAUUUUAACCAUGACAGAAG